UUAUUCUUGGGUUUGGGAGUGUUAUUUGUGUGGUUAGUUUCCUUCCCCCUGGAAAGAGGGCUUUUGAGAGUGUAGUAAUUUGCAGACUGAGAGUAAAUAAGGUUUGAAGCUUGAAGGCAUGGCGAUGGGGGCCAUACAUUUCGCAGCACCUUCAGCCUCCGCCUGCAUCAGCAACAAGGAAUUCAACAUCAUCUUAUGCAGUGGUAACGGAACAAAACGAAGAAUUAAGUCGUUUAUGACUACUUCCUCUUCAUGUAGCAGCGGCAGCAGAAGAAGAAGUGGAAGCGUCGUGAUUAGGGCAAUCAAAGAGGAGACUAAGCCGAAACAGAGUGAUUCUUCUUCUUCACCAGAUGUGAUAACUCAGAAGUACGGCCUUGAAGCUGGUCUAUGGAAGAUAUUUAGCUCAAAGGAGGAGGAGGAAGAUGAGAAUGUGGAUGUGAAGAAAUCAAAAGGGGAUCAAGCAAAAGAGCUGUUGACUAAAUAUGGUGGAGCCUAUUUGGCCACGUCCAUCACUCUCUCAUUGAUCUCAUUUUCCUUAUGCUAUGCCCUCAUUACUGCUGGUGUUGAUGUUCAAGCCUUGUUACAAAAGGUGGGGAUUUCAGCUAAUGAAACAGGAGAAAAAGUGGGGACCUUUGCAUUGGCAUAUGCUGCGCAUAAAGCUGCAUCACCCAUAAGAUUUCCGCCUACUGUAGCACUCACACCAAUUGUUGCUAGUUGGAUAGGCAAGAAAGUGGAUAAAGAUAACUAACUAGCUCAACCAUCACUCUGUUCUUGUAUUGUAUGUACUUUUAUACAAAAAUCCUUGUUAAGGGAUAUAUAUGUAUCAUAUGUAUACUGUAUACAUACCUGUUUUUGCAGCAUAUAUGUAAGGGCUAAAUACAGG